AUGGCUUUCGCCAGUGAACCUGCCGGCGCCAAAACGCCCUCUCCGCCUCGCAGCAUUCGAACUCCUCCCGCACCUCAACUCGGCUUUCACGACAGCUGGGAGCCUUACUCACCACGCAAGUCUGCACGACUCUCUUCUCAGCGAGCGGCUAACAGGACUCCUUCUCCUCGAGCUUCACACCGUCAACACCCAUCGUCUCCGCGCACUGCCAAGAAGAAUCUCGCUCAAACUACAAACUCCAUGGUCUCGCCAAUGACUUCUCCCCGCAAGAGAUCCCAUCCGGCGCUCGAUUCCCGUCGUCAGGUGUCUGGGUCUUUGACUGCCGAAGGAACUGCCAGUGCUGCUGCGGCUCUAGGCCUCAACGCUGAAAAGGCCAUGCAAAAGACAGGAAACACUUCAGUCUCGCACGCCGCUGGUAUGCUACCGACCCCGUCCAAGACGCCUCAAAAGCCACCCAAUCAGAAGACGGCAGCCAGUAUUCAAUCCUUUGCCCGAAACCUCUUUUCGUCUGAAGACGAAGUUAUGCCAUCACCUAGGAAGCGACGAUCUAAGAAGUACUCUGGAGUUACGAUGGAGAGUUUCACAGUCGAGGAAGAAGAGGACCCGAUCAGUAUUUUCACUGACUCACAAGACCGAAUCCCGGAGAAAGACGUCAGCGACGCAAAUCCUUUCUACGGUAAUUCGGUGGCGGAACCAAGUAAGAGACAAAGCAGACGAAAGGUUGUUUCCAUUCCUGGUGAGGGAAUUCAGUCGGUAGAUGAGGCCUCUCGUCGGGAGGAUGGAAUGGUUUAUGUUUUCCGUGGCAAGAAGUUCUUCCGCAAGUUCUCCGAACAAGACCAACCUGAAGAGAACGGUGACUCUGAUGCAGCUGGUGAAUCACACCUCAGCCGUCCACUCACCCGGGCCUCGGUGAAGCCCAGACUCCUUUUCCCAACGCAAAGGACUGCCGAAGAGGACGACGAAGAGGCCCUAACUGAUGUAGAGGACAUGGCCAUGAUCGAGGAAGCGGCUCCACAAACACCCAAGAAAGCUCAUUCAGUACCAGCAAAGACACCAGAGGCUCCCAAGUACGCACCCGUGUCUCCUCCUGACACAAAACGCACAACUCGCUCCGCGAACAAGCUGUCAGACACACCCAUGAAACCAACGGGCCGUAAGAGCCCUUUUGACUCUUGGCCACGAACAAAGGAACACAAGAGCCAGUCGCCCGCGCCAAAGAGAGCAGGCGAGGCCUUAGCCUCGGGAACCACGAAACGGACCCGUGCUUAG